CGCCCCCUCGCGAAGCUGCGCUGGCCGCCCGCGGAGGGGAGAGGCUGCCGAGCCGGGGCAGGAGUAGUAUAUUCCAGUAUCUCAGUCUCCUGCCAUGUCUGACCCCAUUACACUGAAUGUUGGGGGGAAGUUGUACACAACUUCACUGGCAACCCUAACCAGCUUCCCCGACUCCAUGCUCGGCGCCAUGUUCAGUGGGAAGAUGCCCACCAAGAGGGACAGCCAAGGCAACUGCUUCAUUGACCGCGAUGGCAAAGUGUUCCGCUACAUCCUCAACUUCCUACGGACCUCCCACCUGGACCUGCCUGAGGAUUUCCAGGAGAUGGGCCUACUCCGGAGGGAGGCCGACUUCUACCAGGUACAGCCCUUGAUUGAGGCCUUGCAGGAGAAGGAGGUGGAGCUCUCCAAGGCCGAGAAGAAUGCCAUGCUUAAUAUCACACUGAAGCAGCGUGUGCAGACGGUACACUUCACUGUGCGGGAGGCACCUCAGAUCUAUAGCCUGUCAUCCUCCAGCAUGGAGGUCUUCAAUGCCAACAUCUUCAGCACAUCCUGCCUCUUCCUCAAACUCCUGGGCUCCAAGCUCUUCUACUGUUCCAAUGGCAACCUUUCGUCCAUCACCAGCCACUUGCAGGACCCUAACCACCUGACUCUGGACUGGGUGGCCAAUGUAGAGGGCCUGCCUGAGGAGGAGUACACCAAGCAGAAUCUCAAGAGGCUCUGGGUAGUACCCGCCAAUAAACAGAUCAACAGUUUCCAAGUCUUCGUAGAGGAGGUGUUGAAAAUUGCUCUGAGCGAUGGUUUCUGCAUAGAUUCUUCUCACCCCCAUGCUCUAGAUUUUAUGAACAACAAAAUUAUUCGAUUAAUACGGUACAGAUAAAAUAGAAAAAAAAAAAAACCAAGGAGCCACAUAGGGGUGGGUUUCCCAAGAAGCUCCACAUCAGCCAAGGCCUUGGAGAGUGUCUCUUCAGUGGUAUGAGGCAGGGGACUAUACUAAUGUGCAUUCAUUGCGUAGCAGGACUUGAUUCCCUCAUAAUGAAAUCCACCUUUUGGAGUCCACUUGUCCUUUGAACAGAACCAUCUUUUCCUUGCCAUUUUGAGCUGGAAAUGGGCAGUUUAUUAUGACAAGAGUCAGCAGAUGUGUACAAGAGGAGUCCACAGGUGGCCAGGACAAAGGAGAAGCCAUUUUGUCAUGGACUCAUCUCUGUACCAUUAGCCAGUGCCUCAUCUACCCAUCUGUACAAAGAGCCUCUGGGAGAAGACAGUGUGAAGUGAGAAUAAGAGGUUCCUUUGGGAUUCUCAGGAUGUAGAGGGCUCAGCAGAUCCAAUCAUGCCUGCUCUUCCUUCUUUAGGAUGUGCCGUGAUCUUAGACUCAUUUUCCCAGGGUGACCAUGUUUGGCUGGCCUGGAAUGUAGUGUGUUCAAAGAGCUCUUUUGUGGCCCCCACUCAGGGAGAAAGUUGAGUAUGGCCUAAAGGAGUGAGUAACUGGGCAAGGUUCAGACAGUGAGGAUGUCCUGCUUGAGGCUGAAUCUAGUGAUUUCUGGCUUCAGAAAGGAACCACUGUCCUUGCAAAGUUGUGAAAGCCCCUGAAGCCAAUAUAAUGAAAGGCACUUCAUGAUCCAGCCUACUGCUUCACUUCUGUAAUCCUUUUCCCCAAAAUUGGAAGUGUCAUGGAAACAUGUCAGUUUAAACAAACAUUAUGAUUCUCAGGGUUGGAAAAUAAUGUAGUAGUUGUUUAGUUCUCCCCUGUCUCCAGGACAUGCCAGCACAUUUGAGGAUGAGCAUCACAUAGGCCUGCAUACAUAUUCCUGGUGUCAGAAAGCUUACUAUCCCUAAGGCAGCUCCUGCCACAGUUGGAUGGUUCUGGCUGUUAGAAAACUUUCCUAUAUUGAACCAAAAUCAGUCCUGCCAUUUCCAUGUGCUAGAUCUCGGUUCCAGCCCUUCCUUCUCACCUAUUUGUGUAACUUUCCAGUCACCUCAAGAAGCAAGAAGCCAGACACUUACUCGAAAAUACUAUUACUCAGAAUUUGAAUUGCCCUUGGGAUAUUUGGAACCAAAGUUGGCCACUUCCAUACCUUGCAAAUCAGUCCCCCUUCGUUAUUGCUCUACCUUGCUUGUGACCCCCCACUUCCUCCACCCUCCUCACCAUUUUCAUUUGGGAGCUGAAAUAUCACUGCCAGGGCCAUCCAGAGGAAGGAGAUGAGGUCUUGCAAAGAACCCAGGAGUGGUCGAAACCUUCACACUGCCUUUAGAGUAAGUGUCUGGCCCACAACACUUCUCUGAAAGAGGCAACUUUCCAUAUAGUCCUUGGGAUUCAUGAAGAGUAAGAAACCCCAAGCUACCACUUCCCUGUGGAUGAUGAGCCUUGCAGGCCCACAAACCACACAUCAUGAUUCAUCCCUGUAGUGAAAGUGGCUUUUGAAGUCCACAUAGGGGAGGGGCUUGACACAGACAUCCAUAUGAGGUGGACCAAGCAGAGGGCUUUGCAUACUUACACUUUGUGCACAGGAAGCUUGAAUAGUGGGCCAUAGGCAAAGCCAGGUCCUUUAGACAACAAAGCUUGUCCCUUGAACAGCUGAACCCAUGAAUCUCUAACAGCUCUCCUGGGCCACCAUGCCAGAGGUACUCAGAAAACCCCUCAAAGUAGGCCAGAUUUAAACAGUUGAAAUUGUAACUACAGCAAAAUAAUUCAAAGAAGUCUAGUAAAUCACUACUGCCCUGUUUUCUCUCCAUAAAACUGCUUUCUCCAUAUUUUUGGUGCUUCCUAAUUCAGGCAACUUGACUUUAGAGAAAGUAUGGAACCUGUAAAGCCACUAACAUGUUGUGUGACUAUGCACCUCACUGAGCCGCCUCUGAUUCUGCAUCUGUGAAAUGGGCAUAACAGUAAUACAUAACCCUACCUACCUCACAGGGAUGUUGUGAGGAUCAAAUGAAAUAAUGUAUGUGAGAAUAAAGACAAAUGAUUA